UUGGACCACGGUGCCCAUUCAUAUUCCACAAACUCGAUAGGAAAAACAGCUAGUGAAUUGGCUGCUUUUGUGGGUAAGGUGUUGAGAAAUUCUCUACCGCUUGUCCCCAUAAAAUUGUUAUAUUUAGGGCAACAUGAGUGCGUUUCCAUCAUAAAUAAUCAUGUAACCAUAGACGAAAUUGAACGGCUCCUUUGCCCAAAAGUUGGAUCAGAAACCACUGAAGUGUAUCCUGAGCAUCUUAUCGUGUUCAUCCACAAGCUCUGCAGUUGGCAUCAGGUUAGCUUCGUCUGUAUCAGCCGUUAUCCUAUAAUCCAUCCAGUGGCAAUAGCAAUGGAAUUGAGCGAUUAUGCGGAUUCUGUUAAGUAUCAGAAAAAGAUAUUGUAUGUUGUUGAUCGAGUCUUUGAGAGACAGCUCAGAUGUAAGGAAGGCAAUGAGGUUAUGUCGAUCAAACUUUGGAUCAUACUUUUCAUUCUCCGAGACAUCUACAAAUACAUAACGGAACUCAUAGCAAACGGCAGAACAGCCCAUGACUCCUGUAUCAUCUAUGCAAAACACCUGCUUACCUGGGAGCCUGGAGAGCAAGUGAGGAAAAACUUGGAACUUCUUCUCCGAAAUGCCUUGAAAGCGUUUCCAUAUCAUCAUUCGCUCUUAUAUGAAACACUAGUAAAGAUCUGUGGCUCUUUCUUUAUUUUAGAAAUGUUUUUGGAGAAAAUUAACCACAUUACGGGUGAACGAGAGUGGGAAGUGGCUGAAGAAAAUCAUGACUUGGCGCAGGAAAUCGCAGCGUAAAU